AUGGCAGCUAAAAUUGCUCAAUACAAUUACGAAUGGCGGUUUGACACCAUCGUAUUGUUUAACCUGCUGAGUUCAUUUCAUCUUAAAACGUUUUUGACGGAGUAUAAUAAGUCAGUAAUCAUUAGAAAAAAUAAGUACUUACCUCCUCCAUGUUACCGCAAUUCGCAAGUACCGCAGUUUGUCAUAUAUGGAGAUGACAUCGGCGAAUUAACGGAUUUCUUACAAUUUCUCGUGGAUAAUAAAUAUGAUUGUAGUGCAAAGUACAUACUCGUCUGUACUUCCCCGGACCUUGAAGAUUGUGAUGAAAAUCAAUUAUUUGAAACGUUGGCUCGCCUGUUUAUAUCAAACGUGAUUUAUUUAAAGCUACGUGACGGAAAUGACCCCGCGGCGUACACUUAUUAUCCAUUUUUGCCGGAUAAAUGUUGGCACCAUGAACCAGUGAGUCUUACUGUACAGUUUGGGUGCCCUUACGACCAAUGCUACAAGUCACAAUUCCCAGAAAAGUUCUACAAUCUAUAUAAGUGCAAGUUUAUCGUCUCAACUAUGGAACAAGCCCCGUUCAUGAUUUUCACAAAUAAAUCAGAUGGCACCAGAGAGAUUAGCGGGUCAGAUGGGAAUAUCUUGAGACUUGUGGUAAGCAUGCUAAACGCGACUCUUGUAAUACUGACUCCGGCUGAAGGUAACGACUGGGGACGCUUUGAAAAUAAAACCUGGACUGGAUCUCUAGGUCAUGUAUUCAACAACAAAGCUCAUGCUUCUAUGUGCUCUUCUCCCCUGACCUCCAGCAAAUAUAGUGAUUUCCGAAUUUCCUUCUGUUACGACUCUUUAGACUUAGUCUGGAUCGCAGCGAUAUCCAAACUAAGACCGUCGUGGGAAAAGCUUUUGCGCCCCUUGGAUGUUUAUAUAAGAAUUGCAUUAUUUUUCAUGUUUAUUGGUAUUGUCGUAUUGAACACAUUUAUAAGAUCGAAGAUUUGGAACAUGCUACGAAAGGUUUUCGAAGUUGCUCCGCUGAAAUCGAAUCUGCUUUUUUAUUCCUGGACAUUGUUUCUCGGUAUGCCUGUUACAAGAGUCCCUACUAGAGUGGCCUUUCGCACUCUCUUUUGCACAUGGAUCUGGUUUUGCGUGAUCUUUAGAAGCGUGUAUCAAGGUGUACUUAUUGGCUCACUUAAAGUUCGAGUUACAGAAGAUAAUCUUAAGAACUUUCAAGAUGUUUUAAAAAACGAUUAUCCCUUUGGUGGUCUGCCGAGUUUGAGAGAAUAUUAUACGGACGACCCCAAAGUGUAUGAUCACUGGAAACCGCUUAUGUAUGAUAAAGCACGUGAACAAUUGCAUAGGAUAACGGAUGGGAGCUCCGAUUUCGUGCUAGCUUUGAGCAGGGAGUAUGCGAUUGAGUAUUUGCUCCAAUAUAACGGCAGAAAGCAAGCGCAGAUAAUACCUGAAAAAAUCGCAAAUAUCCCGAUCGUGAUGUUUUUCAAAAAGAAUUCCAACUUUGCAUAUUCUGUAAGUCGACUUCUCACAGUCAUAAUGGAGGGAGGGUUUUCUCAACAACUGUAUAAACGUUAUGUUAAACAUGCGAGAAUCUUAACCCACCAAGAACAGUCUCGAAUCCCUGUACCUCUCCGCCUGCAGCAUUUCACCGGAUCUUUUGCUGUUCUAUUUUUUGGCUGGAUUAUGGCCAGCAUUUUCUUUUUAGUGGAAUAUGUUUGUGGCAGAGAUAUUAUGAAGAAUAACAUAGAAAGUACUUAG